AGCGAAGCACGAAAGAACAGGAAACUUCAGAGCAGUAAAAUUGCUAGAACUAAGCUAGAACACCAAUCAACAGAUCACGAUGGCAGACGAGCAAUACGUAUCCAAGAAGACCGUCGCUGCAUCCUAUCGACCACGUAGUUCUCUCAUGUCCCCCGGCCUCCAGCGCGCACGCGCACCCUUUCGCUUCCGAAAUGCUAUCACCGGCCUCAUCCUUGCGGGCUUCGGCGUCGGUGUCUGGGCGUACUCUAUCAGCGCUGUGAAACAAGAUGACUUCUCGGACGUUGAUGAGGAGGCACGGGCACUGAUGCGUGCUGGGUCGACAAUCGUGGAGGAGGUCAAAGUUCCCGUGAUAGACGAGGCAAAAGUUGUGGCGGCGCAGAUUCCGAACAGUGUGCCGGUGGAUGCUAAGCUAGCUACUGUGCCAUCAAGACACCGAGGUGUGCUUGUGCCUAUUCUUGAAAAGCACUUCCCCCACUUGCUGGAUCCAUCAAGGAAGACGCUUGUUUGGGGUGCGCCUCCAGUGGACAAUAUUGGGAGGCUCCGCGAUUCGGUAUAGAAGUUUUGCAGGUCCUUGGAUUUCCGUUUCCCCUCCAGAUAAUGUCUCAGCAUGGUACAAAACGAUAAUCUAAUAGUAGACCAUUUAGCACAUGUAUGAACACUCCCGUUCGAUCUGGCUCCUUUCAUAAAACUGGAUAGUACGACAAGGCAAAUCAAGAAAUCAAGACGAUGAAACAGCAAAUCACAUUUAUGUUGACGGAUUGACGCAACAUCUCAUACACAACCUCUGCACACUAGCGCAGGCCGACGAUGCCACCAAU